CAAACAUCAUCUUCCAUAAUUACUUUUACAAAGAAAAUAUAUAUGCAAUGGAUGGUAUAGAGAAAGCAAGAAGUCCAAGGAGUAGUUCAAGCCAUAAUAACCUGAGUAGUGGUAUAAGGCUCAGCUUGAGCAAGAACCAUUGGACAAUGGAUGAUGUUUUUGCAGCGCGAAACACUGGAGCUGAGGAAGACGAUGAAGAAGCUCUGAAAUGGGCUGCUAUAGAGAAGUUGCCAACUUAUGAUCGGUUAAGAACAAGUAUCAUGAAUUCUUUUGUGGAGAAUGAUGAUGGAAACACCAACAAGUUUGGUCCAAGAGAAGUUGACGUGAGAAAGCUGGACAUGGAUGACCGACAGAGAUUCAUUAACGCACUGCUUAAGGUUACUGAAGAAGACAACGAGAAGUUCUUGAGGAGGUUUAGAAACAGACUUGAUAAGGUGGGGAUUCGACUUCCUAAAGUGGAAGUUAGGUAUGAGCAUUUGAACAUUGAAGCAGAAACCUAUCUGGGUAGCAGAGCUCUUCCAACUCUUGUAAAUUCGGCUCAAAAUAUUGCUGAAUUAGCUCUUGCCAUGCUUGGUAUUAGGUUGUCCAAGCCAACCAAACUUAAUAUCCUUAAGGAUAUCUCUGGUAUUAUCAAACCAUCCAGGAUGACCCUUUUGCUAGGCCCACCAUCCUCUGGAAAAACAACCCUUUUGCUUGCAUUGGCUGGAAAAUUGGAUCCAAGCUUAAAGGUUAGUGGGGAAGUAAGCUACAAUGGGUACAAACUCAAUGAAUUUGUUCCCCAAAAGACCUCUGCAUAUAUCAGCCAACAUGAUGUUCAUGUUCCAGAAAUGACAGUUCAAGAAACCUUAGAUUUCUCUGCAAGGUGCCAAGGGGUUGGAACUCGAUAUGACCUUUUAAGUGAACUUGCUAGGAGGGAAAAGUACGCAGGCAUUUACCCUGAACCAGAAGUUGACCUUUUCAUGAAGGCAACUGCAAUUGAAGGAGCUGAAAACAGUCUUGUCACUGACUACAUUCUCAAAAUGUUGGGCCUCGAUAUAUGCAAGGAUACAAUAGUUGGAGAUCAGAUGAUUAGAGGCAUAUCUGGAGGACAGAAAAAACGAGUAACAACAGGAGAGAUGAUCGUUGGGCCAACCAAAACAUUGUUCAUGGAUGAGAUAUCAACCGGCCUUGAUAGUUCCACGACAUAUCAAGUUGUCAAGUGCUUGCAGCAGAUUGCUCAUCUAACAGAUGCCACUAUCUUUAUGUCCUUACUACAGCCAGCUCCUGAGACGUUUGAUCUCUUUGAUGAUAUAGUGCUCAUCUCUGAAGGUCGGAUUGUUUAUCAAGGUCCACGGGAGCAUGUCGUUGAAUUCUUCGAGAGCUGUGGGUUCAAAUGUCCUGAGAGGAAGGGGGUUGCAGAUUUCUUGCAAGAGGUUACUUCAAAAAAGGAUCAAGAACAGUAUUGGGCAGAUGGAAGUAAACCAUACAGUUAUGUUCCAGUUACUGAGUUUGCAAAUAGGUUUAAGAAGUUCCAUGUUGGAGUGCAGCUAGCAAACGAGCUCUCGAUGCCUUUUGAUAAGUCCAGGGGCCACAGAGCAGCCUUAGUCUUCUCAAGAUAUUCAGUAACAAAACUUGAACUUCUUAAGGCCUGCUGGGAUAAAGAAGUGUUACUGAUGAAGAGAAACUCAUUCUUUUAUAUCUUCAAGACAACUCAGAUUAUUAUUAUAGCAUUCUUCGCAUCGACAGUGUUUCUCAGGACUAGAUUGCAUCAUAGGGAUGAAGAAGAUGCAUUGCUCUACAACGGUGCUCUUCUCUAUUCACUUAUCACCAACAUGUUCAAUGGUUAUCCUGAGAUUUCACUUAUGAUCACUAGGCUUCCAGUUUUUUUCAAGCAAAGAGACCACUUACUCUAUCCGGCAUGGGCAUUCGCCAUCCCAUUACUCGUGACAAAGAUACCUUUAGCCAUUUUUGAGACAAUUGCUUGGAUGACACUGACAUACUACCCCAUAGGAUUUGCACCAGGGGCUGACAGGUUUUUCAAGAAAAUGCUUGUGGUAUUUAUGAUCCAACAAAUGUCUGCUUCAUUAUUUAGGCUCAUCUCAGGGGUCUGCAGGACCAUAGUUGUUUCAAACACUGGCGGAAUGUUUGCUCUGAUGUUUGUGGCAUUUCUGGGAGGUUUCACCCUUCCUAGAACUCAAAUACCUAAAUGGUGGAAAUGGGGUUACUGGCUUUCACCUUUGACAUAUGGUUACACUUCUGUUUCUGUUAAUGAAAUGUAUGCUCCAAGGUGGAUUAAAAGACGGGCUUCUGACAACGUAACCGAAUUGGGGGUGGCAAUGCUUGAAGAAUUAGAAAUAUAUCGUAAUAAAAAUUGGUAUUGGAUUGGUGUAGGAGCUCUUCUGGGGUUCUGUAUCCUUUUCAAUGUCCUAUUUACCCUGUCACUCACUUAUCUGAACCCUCCGGCAGGCCCACAAGCAGUACUUCCACAAGAUACAGGCGAUGAGACAGACAGUCAAUCAAAUCCAACACGAGCAACAACCAAGAAAGGAAUGGUUCUUCCAUUCACUCCUUUAGCAAUGUCAUUUGACAAAGUGAACUACUAUGUUGACAUGCCUGCAGAAAUGAAGGCACAAGGCUUAGCAGAGAACAGGUUGCAAUUACUUCGAGAAGCAACAGGUGCAUUUAGGCCUGGAAUUUUGACCGCUUUAAUGGGAGUUAGUGGAGCUGGGAAGACUACGUUGAUGGAUGUUUUGGCUGGAAGAAAAACUGGUGGAUACAUUGAAGGUGAUGUUAGAAUAUCAGGAUUCCCCAAAAGGCAAGAAACUUUCGCCAGAGUCUCUGGAUAUUGUGAACAAACUGAUAUACACUCACCCCAAAUCACGGUCAGGGAAUCCCUGAUAUUUUCGGCUUUCCUUAGACUUCCUAAAGAAAUUAACAAUAAAGAAAAAAUGACUUUUGUGGAUCAAGUGAUGAAACUGGUAGAGUUAGACGAUCUGAAAGAUGGCCUAGUAGGGCUGCCUGGAGUUACAGGGCUGUCAACAGAGCAGAGAAAAAGAUUGACAAUUGCAGUAGAGCUUGUUGCUAAUCCUUCAAUUAUUUUCAUGGACGAACCUACAUCUGGGCUUGAUGCAAGGGCGGCUGCUAUCGUCAUGAGAACUGUGAGAAACACUGUGGAUACUGGUAGAACUGUUGUCUGCACAAUUCAUCAACCUAGCAUCGAUAUAUUUGAAGCCUUUGAUGAAUUGUUAUUGAUGAAACGUGGGGGACAAGUAAUCUACUUUGGACGAUUGGGUCGAAAUUCCCAAAAGAUUAUUGAAUAUUUUGAGGCAGUUCCUGGUAUUCCCAAAAUUAAGGAGAAACAAAAUCCAGCAACUUGGAUGCUAGAAGUGAGCUCAGCAGCAGUUGAAGCACAACUUGGAAUUGACUUUGCGGAGCAUUAUAAGUCAUCGUCUUUGUAUCAGCAAAACCAAGCUUUAGUAAAAGCGCUAAGCACACCACCUCCUGGAGCUAACGACCUACAUUUCAUCACUCAAUAUUCUCAGCCUAUGUGGGGGCAGUUCAGAUGUUGCCUCUGGAAGCAAUUCAAAGCUUACUGGAGAACCCCUGAAUAUAACCUUGUCAGAUUAGGUUUCACUUUGAUUGCAGCUCUAAUCAUCGGAUCAAUUUUCUGGGGAGCUGGAACAAAAAUGAAAAAUGCAACUCAGCUUUCUGUGAUAACGGGAGGCAUGUAUGUAGCUGCCAUGUUUCUCGGAGUUAAUAACUGCCAAACAGCCCAACCGGUUGUAGCCAUUGAAAGAAGCAUAUUUUAUCGAGAAAGAGCAGCCGGAAUGUACUCUGCAUUACCUUAUGCACUUGCGCAGGUAAUAGUAGAAAUACCAUUUGUUGUAACCCAAUCUUCAUAUUUUACACUUAUUGUGUAUGCUAUGAUGAAGUUCAACUGGAUGGCGAAAAAGUUCUUCUGGUUCUUUUUUGUUAACUUCUGCACCUUCCUUUACUUCACAUACUACGGGAUGAUGGCUGUUGCCAUCUCUCCAAAUGUUCAAGUAGCUGCCAUCUUAGCUGCUGCUUUCUAUGCACUCUUUAAUCUUUUCUCCGGCUUCUACAUUCCAAAACCAAGAAUCCCUCCAUGGUGGAUAUGGUAUUAUUGGAUCUGCCCAAUGGCAUGGACAGUAUAUGGAUUGAUCACGUCGCAGUAUGGAGAUGACGAGCGCACUAUAGAAGUACAAGGGAUGAAGCUUGACCCUACUAUUAAAUGGUACUUAGAACACCAUUUCGGGUUUCACCAUGAUUUCCUGUGGGCAGUUGCUGUGGUUUUGGUUGUUUUCCCAUUGUUCUUUGCAUUCAUGUUUGGGUUAUGCAUCAAGUUGCUGAACUUCCAAGUUCGAUAGAGGAACAUUUCUAUGCAAUCACUUCUUCACCUUUUAACAUGUUAUGACUAUUUAGCUCAAGAAUGAUCAUUGUAAAUUGAUGCCAAAUGUAUGAGAUUGUUGAUUAUGUUUUCCAAUACUACAUGCUAUUUCUAAAUAAA